UGCCUGGAGCAGGCUAGGCAGAAAUGUGGGGGGCUUAGUGGGGGGCAAAGGGGGCCAUGUCCAUGUUGAAGCUGCAGGGGGCGCUGCUGCGGGGUACAGAAAGCCUGCGGAUCGGGUUAAGGAGUUACUCAUUGACUGAGAUGAAGGAAGAAGCCCGGAAAAAACUGCUGUGGGAACAGGUGGAGUUAGUGGAAGUCUUGGAAGCGAGGGUGAAGCAGCUGCAGGCCGACACGGGGCCAGAGGCGCUGGUGGAGCGGGUCUUCGUGUCCGGGCUGAGGAGGAGCACUGGCCAGCCGGCCGCCCCGUUGCCAAAGGCGUGGGUGCCAAAAAAGCCGGCCCCGAAGGACGACGACCGCGGCAUCACCCCGCCGAGCCGGUGGAUGGAGAAGCUGCACCGAGAGCGACUGGUGAAGCGGAAGCAGCUCGAGGAACUGCAGACUGGGCUGGGGUGGAGGGACUCCUCAGGGGCCAAGGCCAAGCCGAGCCGGUCCCCGCCGAAAGAGAGCGAUGACUUGCCCCCUGCCCUGAAGAUGGGACCCGGCCAGACGAAAGGAAAGCGACUGCCGAGCAGCGCCUCUGAGGAAGGACUGGCCCCCGCCAAGCCCGCCCUCGGUCACCGGGAGGAAGUGGAGGCUCGCCCAGAGCAGCCGCCGGCCCCCGCGGAGGCGAAGGGCGACGAGAACUUCCGGCUGAGCCUUUUGGCCUACCUGGAGACCUGCGUCUUCUUGCGUCAGCUCGACCGUGCCCAGCGGUGCCUCGCCUUCUACCACCACCGCCGGCAAAAGGUGCUGGACCUCCGGAUGUACAACCUCGUCAUGCACGGCCAGGCCAAGCAGGGCGCCCUCCGGCAGGUGGCCUCUGUGUUCCGGAUGCUGGACGAGGCGGGACUGGACCCGAACCCGGAUUCCUACGUGGCUGUGCUAAGUUGCAUGGGGCGCUCCGAAACCCACCCCGACUUAAUCGAGAGAUGUCUGGCGCAGCUCCGGAACGAUGGCUACUCUCUGGAAGGGCUUUUCCCCGAAGGCCUGUACCAAGAGGAUGAGGUGGAGAUGGCGCUGAAGGCCAUCAGGGUGAUCGUGCCGGACUUCCAGCCGCCGCGGCCGCCUCGCAGGACAGGCGCCUGCACCAUCCCCCUCCUCCAAGAUUUCUACGCCCAGAGGAACUGUGUCUCUUAUCCCAAGUUGGAUUUCACUGCUCAAGACCUUCGAGAGCGGUUCCAGCAGCAGCUGGCCCUGGAGACCUCUGGCACGAUCAAUAUCCAAUCGGUGCAGAAGACUCCUGUCACAGAGAGAAUCGUCCAGGCGCGGAUGCUCCUGGACGCGCUCCGUUCCCGCUGGAAGGCGGAUCUCCUCCGAAGCUUCCAGAAAUCCAAGCUCCACAUGGAAAUGAAGAAGACGAACCAGAUCAACUUGUACCCCUUCUUUUGCGUGAUUCCGGAAAAAGAGUACGUGGACAUCAUGAUGCAGAUGCUCUCCACUCUCCCCCCCGUGGGAGAGUCUCUCACCACCAUCGCCCAUGAGCUGGGCAACAAGAUCUACGCCCGGUACCUCAUCCAGAAGAAAAUCCACGGCCGUUUGUUGGGGAAGAUUGAGAGCAUCUACGGCCGUUACGUCCAGCUUCUCGCGAAAGACACAAAGCCGGACAACUUCCUGCCGCGCGAGUACUGGGAGAAAGUGGGCGCAGAGGUUGGCUGCGACCUGGCCCUGGUGGGUCAGGGAUACCUCUGGCCCACGCAAGUCUUGGUCCAGCUGGGCAUCCACCUGGUGGAGCUGCUGGUCCAAGUUCUCAAGGUGGAGAGCAACCUCCUGAUGCCCAAAGCGGAGAAGAAGCUUAUCCCAGCUCUCUACCACGUCUACUCUUUCCGUGGCACCUGGCAGGUGGGGUUCCUCCGGCUGCACCCCAUUGUCCUCCGGCUCUCCUCGGAGGCAGCCGACACGGGCCUCGCCUUCGACGCCUCCGUCCUCCCCAUGCUGUGCCCGCCGGUGCCCUGGAUCUCCGCUCAGGCCGGUGCCUACCUCGCCUCCUCGGCCCUGCUGAUCCGGCUGCUGGACGGGGCCGCCCACCGGCAGCAGGUGCUGCGCCAGUGCUCCCGCCCCCGCCUGGGCGCCGUCUUUGACGCGCUCAACCAGUUGGGCAACUGCCCAUGGCAGGUUAACGGCCCCAUCUUGGACCUCGUCGUCGCCAUCUUCAACGACAAGGGCAACGUGAAGCUGGGGGUCCCCCCACCGCCCUCGGAGGCCCCCCGGCCUCCCCAGGGCCUCCCCGAAGGCCGGGGUCCCCUGACCAAGGCGGAGCUGAAGCGGGAGCAUGCGCAGUGGCGGAAGAGAGCGGCCGAGACCUACAGCCAGCGGAUGGACGUCCUCUACAAGCUCUCCAUCGCCAGCCACUUCCGGGGCCGCGUCUUCUGGUUCCCCCACAACCUGGACUUCCGGGGCCGGACGUACCCCUGCCCGCCCCACUUCAACCACCUGGGGGGCGACCUCACACGGGCCCUUCUCCUCCUCGGGGAAGGGAGGUCCCUCGGCCCCCGCGGCCUGGACUGGCUCAAGAUCCACCUUGUCAACCUCACUGGGCUGAAGAAGCGGUCCCCACUGGCCGAGCGGCUGGCCUACGCCAACCAGAUCCUGGAUGACAUCCUGGACUCCGCCGACCGGCCACUGACGGGCCGGAAGUGGUGGAUGGGCAUGGAGGAGCCAUGGCAGGUCUUAGCGUGCUCUAUGGAGAUCGCCAACGCCGUGAGGUCGCCAGAUCCGGCCGCCUACAUCUCCCAUUUCCCCGUUCACCAGGACGGUUCUUGCAACGGGCUUCAACACUACGCUGCCCUCGGGCGGGACGUGAUCGGAGCCGCCUCGGUCAACCUUUUGCCGGAUGACGUGCCUCAGGAUGUCUACAGCGUGGUGGCUCAGCGGGUGGAGCUCUUCCGGAAGCAAGACGCCGAGUGCGGAAUCCGGGUCGCUGAAAUCUUGGAGGGGUUCAUCAGCCGCAAGGUGGUCAAACAGACCGUGAUGACAGUGGUGUACGGGGUCACCCGCUACGGGGGGCGUCUCCAGAUCGAGAAGCGCCUGAAGGAGAUGGACAGCUUCCCCCAGAAAUAUACAUGGGAAGCUUCUCACUAUCUUGUCAAGCAGGUUUUCGACAGCCUCCGGGAGAUGUUUACAGGGACUCGGGAAAUCCAGGCUUGGCUGACAGAGUGCGCCACGCUCAUUGCCAAAUCGGGGCAGGUGGUGGAGUGGGUGACCCCGUUGGGACUUCCAGUCAUCCAGCCGUACCGUCGCUCUAAAUCCUUAACACUGAAGACCAAAAUGCAAGCUGUCAACCUGAAAUUCUCCUGCGACACCAACCAGAAACCCAACACGAUGAAACAGAAGAACGCCUUCCCUCCCAACUUCAUCCAUUCCCUGGAUUCCACGCACAUGAUGCUCACCGCUUUGCAUUGCCACAGGCUGGGGCUGACGUUUGCCUCAGUGCACGAUUGUUACUGGACCCAUGCGGCGAUGGUCGACGUCAUGAAUCGGGUGUGUCGUGAACAGUUUGUGAGGCUGCAUCAACAGCCCAUCCUGGAAGACCUCUCUCAGUUUAUGUUGAAGAAAUAUUGUGCCGGAUCUCUAAUGAACACAACGAAUAAGAACAGUGGGCUACGUGAAAAACUCAUGGAACGGCUGUCUGACAUCCCUCCAAAAGGUGAUUUCGACUUACAAAAAGUGAAGGAUUCCACCUACUUCUUCAGCUGAUCCGGGCCACACUGGGAGCCCCUUCCUGGGGCUUCCUCCCCAUCAUCUGUUGUGGAACUCGGAUCCGGUGGUGCUGACGCUGGAUGGCUCCAGUCCUGCCCUUCGGCAGGCCAUCGUGGUCUUCCUCGCCCCUUUUUGUUUUGGGGUCCAUGGGGGGGGCAAAUUCUUCCAGGAAUGGACCAGAAGCCCCCGUCGGCAGCUGGGGGGGACUCAAAGCUCUCCAGCCCCAGGCUGGUCGGGGCGCGGAGGGUUUUGAGCAAAGGCGGGCGGGCAAACACUUGCCCUGAAGGGCAUGCAGUGGACUGGUCCAGAUUUCCCUGCCAUCUGGAUCUGAUCCCGUAUCCUCUUCUUCACGGCAAGGAGUUUGGGCAAAUGGUUAAUAAAAAUCCCAAAACACUAA